AUGUGGGUCAAGAGCCCCGAGGAGGAAGCGUUCUACGGGCGCAUGUUCGCGCUCGCUGACGUCGACAAGAACGGCAAGGUGCAAGGGAAGAAAGCGGUCGACUUCUUCACCACGAGCGGACUAGCACCCAGCGUGCUCAAGCAGGUCUGGAGCCUCGCGAGCUCGAAGAUGCAGCCGUAUCUGGACCAAGAUGAGUUCCACGUAGCCUUGGGUCUCAUCGCGCUGGCGCAGAAGGGUGAGGCAUUGGACCUCGCCGCCCUCGUUGCGGCGGGUCGCGCCCGACAGCUACCACUGCCUUUGUUCCACCUCGCCGACAUAUUUGUCAUGACGCCGAGCGAUGAAGAGAAGUACGCGAGCAUCUUUCGUACGUCGGCGCCAAGCGGGACCAUUGCGCCGACCGAGGCGAUCGAGCUCUUCCAAAAGUCGGGCCUCGCCCUUGCGGACGUCCAAGCAAUUUACAAGCUCGUGGACCCAACACUCUUGACAGCACUCCCGCAGCAGGCGUUCACGAUCGCAAUGCACGUCAUCGUGUGCAAGACGCGCCGUGGUCUCACGCAGCUGCCCAUGUCGGUGCCCCGCGAGUGGUUUCCAACGCUUUUCUCAUCUUCGUUGGCAUCACUUGCGCAGUGCACAUCCGCCGACGACAUGCUCAGCAUGCAGGCCUCCAUCCAGGCAACACUGCAGAAGACAGUCGCGAGCCUCCCUGUCGUAGUUGUGCCGUCGGUCUCAUCCAUUGUGGCACCGCUGCAAGCGCUGGGGUAUCACUUGCCCGACACAGCCAUGAUGCUCAGCGAGUCGUCGCUUCGCGAGCUCGAGGGCGUCUUGCUGACAUACGUACAGGGAGUCCAGAAGGACUUGCUCUUAUCGUCGCCGGAAGGAGUGCCGCUUGCGACGCUGGUGCAGACCCUUUCCAAUUUGAAGACGCAGUCGGCGCGUCUUUUGGAGCAAAAAGAGGCAGCGAUGUCUCGUCACGGUAGCCGUCAUCCAGGUCUCCACGUCGACACGAAAGCCAGCAGUAGUUACGUUGACGCGCCGCCGUCGUUUCCAGCGCCGACAGCAGGCUGGGAUGCGUUCGAAGCCGCUCCAGCGCCCAUCUUGCCGACGCAGACCGUACCAGAGCCCUUGCUUUUCUCGCCAACCGGGGCCGGGGAUCCAUUCGGUUUUGACAUCCUGGGUGGCACUGGGGGCAGCUUUACUGCGCCGAUGGUUGCCUCGACGCACGUUGUCGCUACCGAGAAGCCCGUGCUCGACGCGUUUGCGUCCGCGUCAUCGUCGUCGUUCAGCGCGUUUGAUGCGAUGAACGACAUGGACUGGGGCUUUGCUGACAACCAGUACGAGCCCGUACCCGAGUUGGACGAGGCGACAGAGGUCACGAAGACAGCACCAAAGAAGAUUGACAGCAACGAGCUGUUCCGGGCACCAAAAACUCAAGCACCGAACGUGCACGGCUUCGAUAGCCCGUCGUUUGGCUCGGCAACAUCUGCUCCAGAGCCCACGGCAAAAAAUGCGUUUGGGGUCUUCCCUGCUCCGGCCGUCAAAGACCUCGGUGCGUUUCCGCCGAUGGAUGUGCCAUCAUUUGGGUCGUUUGCAGCGACGGCGAACUCGGACGGCUUUGCAGACGCCCCCACUACUCAUGGCUUUCAAGCCUUCGGUGCCGAGACUGUGACCGGCGACGGCUUUGGCCCGUUUGCAUCCUCGGAUGCUGGUGCUUUCGCUUCUGCUCUUACCGCGUCGGGUGGCGACUUUAGUGCGUUUUCGUCCCCAGGUGCCGAUGGAUUCGGCACCAUUGGAGCCACAGAGGCUAGCCCAAGCUUCGGUGCAUUUGACGCACCUUCGGACGCGCCGGUGGCAGUUGACUUUGGCGCGUUUACACCAGCACCAGACGCACCGGCAGCGAACGGCUUUGCGUCCAGCGGCUUCGGGGCAUUUGACGCUGCGCCAUCUGUCGAUGAUGAUGGCUUUGCGGCAUUUACCAGCAAGUUGGAGACGUCCGCUGCGUUUGACGGCUCGAGUUUUGCGGCUUCAUCCACUGGUGACGCGCCUUUGCCGACAGCUUUUGCUUUUUCGUCGAGCGAGGUGGUAUCAACAGCAGAGACCGAUGGCUUUGGGGCUUUCAACGAGUCGUCGGUGGUUUGUGAUGUGUCCCCCGCGUCCGAAGCUUUUCCAGCGUUUGCUGCUGCCGAGUUCUCACCGCCGCCGGCCGACGACUCGUUCGGGGCGUUUGCACCCACCGAUGCUUCGACGACCGAUGGUUUUGGUGCGUUUCCCGCGUUUGAGCCCAAUGCCGCCGUUUCGUCAGACGCCGUAGCAGAAGUGGUCGUCGACACGCUUCCAACGCCCGAAGAACUGGUCAACGUCUGUGGUAGCGACACGAGCGCGGUGUUCUGUGCGUCCGCCUUGCCCCACGAUGCGGACUUGCGGGGCGACUCGCAGGCGCCGGCAGCGACGGAAGAUGGCUCGGUGCCUGUCGAUCUUUCGGAAAGCAGCUUCGUUACGGGCCCCAUCAUCGAAGCGGCAUCCAACCCGGAAGGUGCGUUCGCCUUGAGCCAAGAGGACGUCGCUUCUGUGACGCCGCCGGCAACGGAGUCGGUGCCUGUCGACGAGCCAAGUGAUCCCCCGACGACUCCCUUCGAGUUGGAGGAGUUUGUCAACCCCCCGGUUGCACCAUCGUUGGUAGCACCGACGCUGUCGACAUCGUGCGGUGCCAGCGUUGAUCAUCCGCUGGCGGCCACCAACGCUGCCACAGAGACGAACAUCACGGCCGUUGCGCAGGAUGUCGUCUUGGACCGCGACGGAUCGUUCGUAUUCGUCGCGUCGGCCAACGCCCCGACGAUGUCGUCCGAGCCGAUGGUCGUGGCCGACGACGACUGCGGCUGCUUUUGUGUGCCCGACAGUGGUUUUGCCGAUUUUGCUUCGCCAAUCGCAGCGCCGUUGACCGAGUCGGGCACGUCGACGGUACCCGUGCCACCCAGCGACGACAUUUUUGGCGAUUUUCAGUUUGCACCCGCGCCGUCGUUUGCUGCUUUCGCAACGGCGCCAGCCAACUCGGGGACGGCGGCACCGGACACAGCGUUUUCGAGUCUUCCAGCGCACCCGUCGGAUGACAUCUUUGCUGAUUUUGCCGACUUCACUUCGGCGACGACCGCAGCCAACUGGGCGUCGUUCUCGCCCCCUGCCGCGCCAACGGCCUCGGACGACUUCACAUUCUAGCCUUGUCGCCAACGGCCUCGGACGACUACACAUUCCAGCCUUGUCGCAUAAUGUAACAAAGCGUUUUUGCGGUUACCA